CAAAAAAUAUUUGAUGUGAAGCGACUGUCAUCAAAUUUAAGGUAUGUGGACCCACACAUAGAUUGUUGUUAUUAGACUCUCCCAUUCCAAAAACAAAACAAUUUUUUUAUUUUUUUGAGUUGUCCAUAUAUUGUAGAAGCAUGCAUGUAAGUUAAAGCUUGUAUGCUACCUGUACAUUGUUAUGACAAAUGGUCUGCCAUGCGGCACCAAAUCCGGGAUUCAGAAACCCACAGUUGGAAGCUGGUGGUGGAAUUCUACAAAAUGAAUUAAUCCAAUAUAGCUUCCUCACUCAUAAUUCAUUUCCCAUCUUUCCUUCCUAUAUUUCUUUUCAACUUUUCUUUCUAGCCAGAGGAUAGAGAAGGAGGAAGCAAUGUUUCCUGCAAAACUUGUUUUUGUCACAGCACUCUGUUUCUCUGUCUUCUUCAACCUUGUUUUCACUGGGGAUAUCACUAGAGAUUCCAUAUCUUCUCCUACAGAUUGUGCCAAUUGCCCUACAUGUCAGUGCCCUCCUUCCAUUCCAAAUCCAGGGUACCCUUUAUAUGGCCCUCCUCCACCAGGACCACCCCCACCAUCAAUUCCUAGCUACCCGCCGCCGCCGCCUCAACAGCAUGGUCAAGGAAAAUGCCCCCCAACUCAGCCUGCUCAGUGCUGCCAGUACCCUCAAUAUCUCUCUCCACCAGGUGCCUCAGGAGGAUUUGUUCCUUACCCUGAUGGCACCCAUGCAGGUGCAGCUUCAUCUGCUUUGCCAAUCUUCCUUUCAGUUAUGAUGCUGUUGUUGUCCUUCUCAGCUGUUUUCUUUUAAGUCUACAUGCUAUUUUCUGGUCUUUUUGUGUAGGAGUACAUCAAUUUUCUAAAUCUCAUGUAUGUAGGCAAUAAACCCUUUUUAAUAUUGUCAAAGGUAGGUUCUACUUUUAUUAUUAUUAAUUUGUUUAUGAGUUCUGCAACUUGGGUUCAUGUAAAAUGUACUUAAUUAAUGUAAUCUUCUCACUUUU